CACAUUUUGGCGUAGCUGCUCCUGUCUUGUUUCCAGUUGCAGGUUGCUGCCAUAUACUCGUGCUCCUGCUCGCGGGGGGUACUGACUGUAAGACUCGCCUGAGGGAGAAGCUGACCCAGUGGAGCAGAGUCCAUGGCUGCAGUAAUGGGAGUUUUACGGCUGCACACGGAAGUUUAGAUGAGUAUCACACACCGGGGAAGUGUUGUGUUUAACACUCUUUAAAACUGUAAGCUGCUCUGCAAGAGUUUGACACUGUGCAACAACUAUGGGCGAAGAAGAAGGUAAAGAAAAGGCAGUUCAUGGAGGUUAAAACGGUCUGCUAACAGCAGCAUUUUGCCUAUAGCCUACAGCGGAUACCUUUAAUUAAAAGUGGCGAGGCUUCAGAGUGCUGUGUGAAGCAAAUUCAUUGUUGUCCUUGAACAAAAUAGAGAUUUAGGAUGAUUUUUUAGUCAAGCAUGGAAGUGGAAGAAGAAAACGAAGACGCAAGCCCAGUCUGCAAAAUGACAACACAAGUCUUUUCAGUUUUGUGUUUAAAAAAUGAUCUUAUCUGAGGAAAUUGAUGACUUUUUUUUUUCCUGGUGUGUUUUCUGAUGUCUGAGCCGCAGAGUUCUGACCUUGAGGUGUUGUAGUUUCAGAACUCUCUGUACCUGUCCCAUGGGGAGAGAUCAGAGGCAGGGUCUGGGGUCCUAGUCAUGGCUAUCCUGUGCUGUGCCUGCAUGGUUGGGCUGACAACUGUGAUUCAUUCAACCCUCUCAUCCCACUUCUACCUGCAGGUAAAACACUACAGGCUUUUUAGUGAGACUUUCUGUACAGACUUCAAGGGAUAUUCCCGCGUAAAAUUAAUGUAGGGUCAAACACACCAUAACACAGAUUUAGACGAGAGGUGAACGUUGCUGACCGCUUGCUUCUGUAGUUAUACCAACUUAAGUAACGACCGCACGAUAGCAAUACACAGCAGUUUGAGGAGCCAUAAACAAACCUCUACCGAAACGCCACUCUAUAGCCACAAAUAAUGCUCAGAACAGCACCUAACUUCAUCAACAGUACAUAUAGGGUCCAAGCUACAGCACUAGCCACCAAACAUCUUUUUAAUUUUGCCUGGUUUCUUUAGCAAAGAGACUAAACACAAUUCACCUACUCUCACCUACAAUACCCCAAAGAGGAAAAAUUAUCCUUUUCAAGCAAAAACCAAAUAAACAUUCACAACCAUCGCAUGAAGAGAAUCCACACAGAUUCGCCGCAAACAGGAGGCGCUAACACAAGAGUCCUGUCAAUAAUUUACUCAGUUAUUGAUCACUGAAAAUGGUCACAGUGACAAUGUCAGUUAAAGUGUAACUGCUUUACACCUUCACCAGUUUUGAUGUUACAACAAUGGAAAGUGCUCAGAAACCAAGUGCAGGAAUGAUCUUUAAGCAGUGUAGGCCACAAGUUCUGAAUUUAAUGUAUGUGAUGAGUAAACUAUGCUUGGUUAGUGAACUUAUCAAACUAAAAAUACUCUUGAAUUUUCCCUCCAUUUCACUUGAUUCUGCACAGAAAACAGUUUAUUUUAAAAAUUGCAAAGAGGUAUUGAAGAAAUAUGAACUCAUAUCAAACCUUGCGAUAAACACAUUAAAUAUAUCUACACUUCCUUUCAGAGUGCAGAUAUGUGGCGGUGGACUUGGCAGGUCAUGGUCUGUCCUCCCAUCGUCCUCCUGGAGUUUUCUACUCUUUGUUUGCAUAUGUGGUCGAUGUGAGCAGAGUUGCUGCUGGUGAGUGCAUUGACAAAAUUGCUCAUAAAUUCUCAUAUUUAUUAUCAUAUUGAUAAUCUAUGAAAUAAACUCCCACAGCUCUGCAGCUGAAGAAUUUCUCCAUCAUAGGUCAUAGUAUGGGUGAGUGGUGCUUUAAAGCUCCAAUGACCUGUGCAUAUGUUUCUGUCUUACCGAGUCUUUAUAAGAAAGAAUCCUCUCUGUAUUUACAGGUGGUGAAAUUGCAGCAAUGGUGAGUCCUAAUGUCUCAUUUCUCUUGUGUAAUAUCAUGAAACAAAGGAUGAUUUGCCUGUUUCAUCCUUGUGUGUUUUAUUUACAUAUUUAUACAGAACAUCUUUGAGCUUCUGGGGCUUUUUAGCAUGCAUUUGGGUGGUCUGCUUACUCUCUCAACUUACAAAUAUGAUUCUUAAUUUGACAAGUUUUUACAAAUCUAUUAUAAAUUCUUUGUGCACUACAUCCUGUUUAUUCCCCCGUCUCUUUGAAUUGGUGCAUUUUGAGCAGCUUCUCAUUAAAAACAGAACAAGUUUGUCACUGCUUCCUUUGUUUUGAGCUACUUUAGAAACAUAGCGGUGAUAGGAAGCAGCCUCCUGCUCAUAUUAAGCUUGAAGAGAGCAAAAAAAUAACAGUUUUUUAUAUUCAAGUAAUUAUACAUUCAUUUAGACAUAUUUGAAAAUAUGAUAUUCCAUUUCUACAAAGUAGUCUGCGUAGUCUCUGUCUGUGUUGAACAUGAAUUCCUCUGCUCAUAAUCUUCACAGCCUUGAAAUUGUGUAUCACGCUGUUCAAAGAUGUCUUACAAACUCUGGUUUUCUUCACUCUUAGUUGAAUUUUAUGAUUUAAAGUCAACUGGCAUGGUUGAAGUGCACACAUGCUUGGUCAUUUAUUAUAUAUCCAUUCUGGGAAAAGUUCCAGGCUACCUUUACUCCCGUUAAAUCUUGAAGGAUGACCUUUGUAACCUUCAUUAGUUCAAUAUUGUGUAAUUUCUCAUUUUAGAAAACAGGGCUAAGGAGAAAUCAUAGCACCUUUUCUCUUCAACAAUCUACAGUCUGAUUUUAAAAGCAAAACUUUUCAAAAAUCCUCAGUUAAAAGUCUAAAAUCCAGAGUCUAUGUAUAAACAUAUUUAAGCCAACUUCUUUGAUGGUUAUUAGAUUUGUAUGACAAGUUGUUCUGAAGUUGAAACUUUGUGCUGCUGUUGUAUUUGGCUAAGAGAUCUCUGAACUCAGUGGGACCAACCUGGUGAAAUAAAAUCUAAUAAAACUGUCCGAUUGUGUUUCCUACAGUUCACUGCUUUGUAUCCUGAGAUGGUGGAUGCUCUUAUUCUUCUUGACACUUAUGGAUUUGUACCUACAGACUCAGUAAGUUUUGACAGACAAAAUCAAUUAUUGUUGGAUAAAAUUAGAUGUGUUUCGGUAUUAUUUAAACCAGAUUACUCAAAAGUUUUCGAUAUAUUCUUGUUUAAACAUGCCCACCUACUCGCUAAAAGACUGAAUUGCUCUGUUAGUAUGGUAACUUCACUCUCCAAAGGUUUAGAAGAACUUGACAGCAGCUUUGAUUUAGUAAGUAAACUUGGUGAAUUUUCUCCUCAUGAAUACAAAAGUAAGAAAACAAUUUGCCAACAUAUUCUCGAACAAUACUGUCAGCAGUUUUGUCAUGAAGUGAUCGGGCAUGUUGUUGUGUACAAACAAAGUUAAUCACAACGUGUAAUGCUUUUCAGUCUGGUAAAUUUAUGAAUCAAGUCUUUCUUUCUCCCGUUGAGUCAAAUUUGGUCUCUGAAAAUGAGCUUUUAUUUUCUUUCUGAAUGGUGCUCUACUCCCUCGACACAAUCCUUUCUAAAUCAAAGUGUGUUGGCUCUCUGCUCCUCUCAGUCCUUUCUUUUUCUUUCUCCCUACAGGCAAAAAUAUCAGAAGUGAUCAGGGAGGGGAUGGAGUCAAUAUUAGAGUUUGAGAAAAAAACAGAAGCGACAAGAGUUCACACCUAUGAGAAGGCAGUCCAAAGGUAGACCAGUCCAGUUGUCGGGAUUUUAUAACAGACUAUCAGAUUCCUUUAAAAUGUUCCCUAUAUUCAGCUGCUCAAGUGUUUGACUUCUUUCAGGUUGUCGACUGCAAACCAAAGUCUGUCUGAACAGUCUGUCCACAUCCUGCUAAAGCGAGGUCUUUCUCCAGUUGAAGGAGGUUUGUGUUCAUCUCUUCUCCUCUCUGAAGGGAGAGUUUUGCUUUGUCUUCUCUCAGCCUCUUGUGUUUCUUUUCUGCAGGGUUUGUGUUCUCCAGAGACCUGAGAGUUCAUUUUGUGAGUCACUUAAAGCCUAAGAAACCUUUCGUAUCCUCUGAGGCUUUAUAUGUCAGCUGGUACAGUACAUGCAUAUCUUUAUUUUAUGUUUUCAGAAAAACAUAUCACGCAUCAGUCUGGAGCAGAGUCUGGUGAUGCUGUCGAAGAUCCAAGCUUCGGUUUUACUCAUUCUGUAAGACAUUCAGCCUUAUAAAAAACUUGUUUUCUACACUGGGAUAUUUUAUCAAUGGAUUUCAAUCAUAAAUCUUGUGUCUUAUCACAACUAUCCACCAGUGAUUUUAUGUCCAUACACAGAUAAAUGCACAUUUUACAUUUUGUGUAACUCAGAUGAGCCAAACAGUUUUUUUUCACUGAUGUUUAUGCUUUUCCUAAGAAAGUUCGUCAGUCAUCUUUGUUUAGUUAUAAGAAACUCCCAUGUGCCUCUUAAAGUUCAUUCAAGUUCUCCAAAUUUACAGCAUAAGCAGUGCUUGUAUUCUCAACUUCUGUCCAAAGUGUGUUUCACAAAUUGUUGAGUUUAUUCUCUCUGCUGAUGAGAACAUCCCUUAUUGGCAUUUUUACUGUGAGCUCACUGAUAACUGAAUGUAAACAAAUCUAGAGAAAUCUUGAACUCUGUGUCAUUUAUUUUGUUAGCUUUACUUUCAUGAACAAAAUUCAUUAAAACUGUUUUUUUUUUUUCCCAGAGCAGGAGGCGGUUCUGACCGAUUAUUCUCUGAAUCAGCUCAGAAUAAAUUCACCUCAGUGCUUCUCCAACAUUUCCAAGAGGGAAACGUGAGUACAAAAAUACGAUCAAUGUGACUGAAGUGGUUUGUUUUGACCAUGUAACAAGAAGUUAAAGGGAUAUUCCGACGUAAAAUUAAGUUAGGGUCCAACACAUCGUAACACCGAAUUAGACACCCUGUCAAGAGAUGAAUGUUGCCGACUGCUUGCAUCUCUAGUUAUACCAAGUUUAGUAACAACCGCAGAUAGCAAUACAGAGAGCCACGCGCUCAACCAAAACACCACUCUAAAGCCCCAAAUAAUGUUCAGAACAGCACCUAACUUCAUCAACAGUACAAAUAGGGUCCCAGCCACAGCACUAGCCACCAAACAUCUUCUUAACUUUGCCUAAUUUCUUUGGCAAAGAAACUUAACACAACUCACCAUCUCUCUUCCAGCCGCCGUUUGUUUGUACGGAGACCUCAGAGUGAGUCCAUCGACUGCAGCGGGGUGAUGCAGCUCAAGGAAGAACAUUAAUAGAGUUUAUAGAGUGGCUUUUUGGUCGAGGUUUGUUUAUGGCUCCUCAGAUUGCUGUGUAUCACUAUCGCGCAGUCUUCACUGAAAUUGUUAUAACUAGAGAAGCAUGCAGUCAGCAAUAUUCAAAUCUCGACGGGGUGUCUAACUCAGUGUUACGGUGUGUUUGACCCUAAAUUAAUUUUACGCCGGAAUAUCCCCCUUUAAUGUGUCUUCACAGCUUCAGUGAAUUUCCUUCUCUGUAUCCGUUUGUUUCAGCACUCAGUAGUGACGGUACCAGGAAGUCAUCAUGUUCAUCUGGAUAAACCGGAAGUUGUUGCUCCAUUUGUGUCCGACUUCCUGCAAACUAAAGUGCUCUCCCAGUCAAACUGCCCUAAACCCAAGCUAUGAACCAAAGUCAAAUACCUCAAAUCUACCCUACUUGACUUGACCUCUCUUGCUUGAAGCUGUGCAGUGUUCGCUCAAAGAGACUCGAGACUAGCUGAGGGUAUGUAGACGCCAAAACUCCAACGAGUAAUCGAUUCAAUGCACAGUUCCUCACUUUGUUAGCAGACGCAUUUUGAUACAAAAGAAAACAACACUGUCAAAGUUCAUGGAGCAAACGGUUCAGAACAAAGUCCUUGUCUGUUCUUGUUCUGCACUGGAGUCACACACAGUGGGUGGGCACCAUCUGCAGUGCAAAAGGAGUGGGAAAAAGUUCUGCUGCUGCUCGAGUGAGUAAAGUGACUUAAGUUGAACAUUGUUUGUGCUAUGGAGAAAAGAUGUACUGUAAUGAUUCAACUCUUUGUUUACAUUAACAAUACUGUUAAACCUG